AAGAAAGAGAAGCAUUGCAGGAGUGUUUGGUGUUGACGGUGAAAUGAAGAGUUUGUCAGUGAUGGAGGGAGAUUCAGUCACUCUACACACUGAUACUGACACACAGGGAAAUGAUACAGUGAUACAGUGGAUGUUUGGAGCUGAAAACCCAGAUACUGUCAUUGCUGAAAUCUUUAGAGCGGCAAAUAUCAGUGAUGUUACUGAUGAGAGAUUCAGAGACAGAGUGAAGAUGGACAGUCAGACUGGAUCUCUCACCAUCACCAACAUCAGAACCACAGACUCUGGACUUUAUCAAGUAGAGAUCACCACAAAUAAAGAAGCAGAGAAAACAUUUAAUGUAGCUGUCUACGCUCUUCUUCCUGUUCCUGUCAUCAUCAGAAACACUUCGCAAUGCUCUUCAUCAUCUGAGAGUUCAUCAGUGUCUAAAUGUUCACUGCUGUGUUCAGUGCUGAAUGUGAGUCAUGUGACUCUCUCCUGGUUCAAAGGAAACAGUUUAAUCUCCAGCAUCAGUGCGUCUGAUCUCAGCAUCAGUCUCUCUCUAUCUCUGGAGGUGGAACAUCAGGAUAAAAACACCUACAGCUGUGUGUUAAACAACACCAUCAGCAACCUGACCACACAUCUGGACAUCAGUCAACUCUGUCAGCCGUGCGCAGAUUUUGUCUCUGUUCAGACUGUUAUUCUGGUGUUUGGUCUGAUCAGUGUUGUUCUGGUCUUUGGGAUGUUUGGCCUAUUAAAGGUUUUUGCUGAUGGAAGUAAGAAACGCCCACAACGACCUGAAGAUACAGACCUAAAGAGUCUCGAACAACCUGAAGACUCGACACAAACACUGAUACAUUAUGUGCAAGUGUGAUUAAUGUGAGUUAUUUAUUUCCAAAUAGUUUUGAGGCUCAUUUGAUGCAGCUGACAUAUUUCAGUACAUUGAUACUGGACAUUUGAUGGACAUUAACAUAUUGGGUAAAAGAUUUAUAUCCAGCAUAGGCCUAUUCAUGGUGUAAGAUAUAGUAAAUGAUAGUAAAUAAUUUACCAUAGUGUAGUAAAUGACUGGAAUUCAUAGUUUUACAUAUAUUUUAGAUUUAAUAUAGCUAAUAUAUUGAAAUGUGUCAUAUUAUGUUUAACUAUAGUGUUAGAUUUCCAAAAAUGUCUUCUGAUGGCCAGAUGU